AUGAAGAAAUGGAUUGAGGAACUUCAAUCUCAACCUUGGUCUAAAUCAAAUAAAGGAAAUGAUCAGCCUGCUUUUAACUGGGCACUUCACAAAACAUCUCAUCAGGUGGAUGUGUUUACUUGCUUUCCGCAAGAAGCUUUCCCAACAGGAGGAUUGUACUUCAGGAACAAGACAUGGGCUAAAGAGACAAAGGGGAAACAUGUAACUACAUUGUCGGUUUCAAGAACAAGAUGA